UGAUGCCUAAAGGGAUGCAAGUAAAAAUAAUAACAAUUUCAGUGGAUGCAUCGAUUCAGUUCAAGUUACAAUUUUGCAAUGAGUCUUCAGUCAGCAGUCCGUUUCUUUUCUUCUAGAACCACACAGAGUCCCCGGUGGAUCCUUCAAGCAUUUUACCGGACAAGUAGACCAUGUACUUACCCGGCCGUCAGUAAUCAAGGACAGAGGAGAACAUUACGUCAACAACAAAAAUGUUUCAGCUCAAUGAAUCCAAACGAAUUUAUUGCAACCUCUUUAGUUGACUCAAUAACGUUUGAAGCCGUAUGCUCUGACACUUUAGAAUCGCUGUGCGAUUAUCUGGAACAACUGGUAGAGGAAGCCAACUAUCUCAAAAACGCAGAUAUCACUUACGGGGACGGUGUACUAACUGUGAAUUUCGGAGAGCCGCACGGGACUUACGUGAUUAAUCGACAGUCUCCUAACCGACAAAUUUGGCUCAGUUCACCGAUUAGUGGUCCUAAAAGGUAUGAUUUUAUUCCUGACAAAUCAACCAUCAAUGAAGGCUACUGGGUGUACAAACAUGACGGAGUAUCUUUACAUGAACUACUGCAGAAGGAAAUCGAAAAAAUCGUGAAAGAAGAAGUGGACUUUUUUUCGCUACCGCAUAGCAGACGAAAUAAAUAACAAUAAUGUACAAAUUGUAUUCAGUAGACAAUGUGAUCUUUUGCAUAUAUAAGAGACAUAACGGUA